AUGAUCAAAAGAAACCCCGAUGAUCAAGGUAGGAGAGAGGAUAGAGAUGAAGAUACGCAAGAGGAGGAAAGCACACCAAGGCCUCGUUCCGAGACCGAUUUUGACUCAAAAGACUCUACUAUAUUAGCUGUCGCGGAAAAUCCAAAGACAUUGAAGACCGAAGACACAUAUCUUCUCGCUGGAUCGGUUAAAACAAUGAAUCCGCAAACAAAACAGCUACGCCGUGUGCAGGUUACUGGAGCUGACCGUUCCUCCAUAGAUUCGAAACUUGCACACGAACUCCAACUUCCGAGACAAGGCACUUCAACAAUGAGGCUCAGCACAUUUGGAACGACAAAUCAGAGAGAAAUCACGUGCACAAUCACAUCCAUCGACAUAUGGGAUCAAGAAGGUGUACAACACACACUUAGACUAUUCAUACACGACACAAUUACUUCCAAUGUUACACGCUGUGACCUCGAAAAGAGAGACAUCAAUUUCAUAAGAAGAAAACACAUUCAUGUAUGCUCACCAAUAAAGAAGGGCAACAUACAACCACGGAUCCUGAUAGGAUGCGAUCAACUCUGGAAUUUCGUCAAAUUCGAAGCACCACACUUCACUCUUCCAUUCGGACUACUCCUCAUACCCACAGUAUUCGGAUACAUGAUCUCAGGACAAAAAUUGUCGCAGAAAACCACAUCUGCAGAACAAAACCAUGUGCUUGUACAAACUUCCAAUACAAGCGAACAUAGAUCGGAAAAAAAUUUUCGUCCCAUGCAAAAAUCAGAAGGCGAAGAACCUCCAACUGAAACCUGUUUUCACCUUGCACAAUCGUCACAAGUGGAGAUCACAGACGUCAUGAAUCUUGAAGCAUUCAGCAACUUCACAAAAGCAAAAAGGAUUCUCGCUUAUGCGUUGAGGUUCCUAAAGAAAUUAUCGCGUCGUCUUCAUCCAGAAAUUCGACAAAAACUAUUCGAAAACUUGCCAUGGCUCCAACAUCAACCUCAAGAAGACCAUCUGACGGCAAGGGACAUUCUCGACGCCCAACACAUCCUCAUUCGAAAUCAUCAGCUGGCGCAUAUCAACGCACAAUACAGAAAGGAACUCACAAAAAAUCUAAAUCUCAAAGAGGAUCACACAAAAAUCUUGAGAGCGUACGGCCGCCUCAACAGAUCAGACCUUAACCCUACCGCCAAAAAUCCUAUCCUUAUUGUCCCCAAUACCCACCUCUCCCGCCUCAUCAUUAAUGAAGCCCAUGGCCCUUACCAC